AUGCCAAAAACGAUUCUUAUUACAGGAGCAACCGAUGGCAUUGGCCUGGCUACGUCGAAGAAGCUUGUCUCUUUAGGGCAUCACCUUCUGCUCCAUGGGCGCAAUCUGGAAAAGCUAGAACACGUAAGGGAAGAACUCUCUGAUUUAACCAACACACUCUCUAUUGAAACCUAUGUGGCCGACUUGUCUCAUAUGGAAGAUAUAGAACAACUUGCAAAAGCUAUUUCCGACAAGCACACGACCCUUGAUGUGUUGAUCAAUAAUGCCGGAGUCUAUAAAUCACCGACCUCUACGACACAAGAAGGGCUCGACAUACGAUUUGCGGUCAAUACAAUCGCCCCCUAUCUUCUAACAAAGCGCCUUCUCCCAUUGUUGAACGCCUCUGGGCGUAUCAUUAACCUUUCUUCUGCAGCCCAGUCUCCGGUCGAUCUAAAAGCAUUAUCUGGACACACUCAACUUUCUGACAGAGAGGCUUAUGCACAAAGUAAGCUUGCGAUUACAAUGUGGUCGCGUCAUAUGGCGGAUUCUAUUAAAGGAAAUGGCCCAGCCAUCAUCGCAGUGAACCCUGGAUCCCUGCUUGGUAGCAAAAUGGUCAAGGAAGCGUUCGGCAUCAAAGGGGGCGAUAUCAACAUCGGCGCAGAAAUCCUGAUACGCGCCGCCUUAUCAGAAGAGUUUGCCUCUGCUUCUGGUCAUUAUUUCGACAAUGAUUCAGGAAAAUUUGCCGCCCCCUACCCGGAUGCUCUUGAUCCGAAAAGAUGUGAAGAGGUUGUGAUGACUAUCAAAGACAUUUUAGAAAAAAUGCUUAGAAGAAAUUAG